AUGGAGAUUGAUACUCCAACCCGCCUGGAUCGCGACGUCAAGACCGAAGAUGAUGGCGCCGGCGACUUGAGGAUGGCAGACGCCAAGCCUACAUACCGUUCAUGGAAGAAGAAGUAUCGCAAGAUGCGCAUCAUCUUCGACCAGAAGAUGCACGAGGGCGAAGAUCUACACAAACUAGAGCAAAAGGCUCUCGAAACAGCUCGGCGCCUUGCCAUCGAGAAAGACCGCCUCCUCGACCUGCUACUCGAUGUCAACAACUCGCCCCAAAUCCCCACGGACAAACGCAUCGACCUGAGUCUUGACCCGCCCUCUGACGAAGACCUAGCUCUCAGCAUCGACAUCCCCGGCGGCCCAGCAUCGGGGCCUCAACCCGACAAAUCAUACAAGAAGCUCCUGGCGGAAGUACCACACUUCUCCUUCGCCUCCGCCGCAGAGCGCUUUCCCGAGCUCCUCGCCGACCUCGAGGCCGGUCGUGACUCGCCCGGCGACCCGCUCCAGGGCCAGCCUCACCCGCCGACCUUCCUCACGGCCGACGAGAUCGACAACUACAUCUACGAAAUUGACACCCACCUCGCCUCAAAGUCAACCGCAGCCGACCCACCCCCUCUGCUCCCCACCCUCGCGCCCCUCGCCCACGGCGGCCACGACGCCGCCCACUCGGCCAACCGCGACUUCGCCCUCCGCAACCCCACCUCCGUCUACAACUGGCUGCGCAAGCACGCGCCCAAGACCUUCCUCCAGGACGCCGAGGCCGCCCACCCGGACAGGGACCACGGCCACGGCGGCGGCGACGACUCCACCACCGCCGCCGCCGCCGCCGCAGCCGCAGCGGGGGGCGGGCCCGGCGCGGCGCAGCGACGCGCCGCCGCGGUGGCUGCUGCUGCUGCCGCGGCGGCGUCGGCGGCGGCGGCAACUGCGUCGGCGGGCGAGCCGAUGGACUUUGAUGACGACGCGUCGAUGGCGGGCGUGGAGCAGCAGCCCUCGACGCCCGUCCCGGGGACGGCCAAGGGGAAGCGAAAGCGCGUCGCUCCGAGCGGCGGCGGCGGCGGCGAUGACGACCACGGGUACAGGCCCAAGGGGGGCAGCAGCAGGCCGGCGAAGAAGAAGCGUAAGAGCGAGGGGGACGCCACCCCCACGUCUGCCACGGGGUCGGGGCCGGCGCUUAAGAAGUCUAGGAAGUCUGGGGGCGUGGCAGAGAAGGACAAGGAGAGGGAGAGGGAGAGGGGGGAGAAGGACAGGGGGGAGGAGAAAGAUGGUGGGGAGGAGAAAGAUGCCAUCAUUGCCAAGGUCUAG